AUGGAUCAGACAAGUGAAGCCAGCUGUUUAUCUGCUGCUUCUUUAGACAAAAAGGCAUCAAAGCUAGAGGAGGAUCUGAGCUGUCCGGUCUGCCUGGACAUCUUUAAAGAUCCCGUCAUCCUGUCCUGCUGCCACAGCUUCUGUAGAGAGUGUCUGCAGGACUUCUGGAAGGGAAAAGAGGAAAAGGUCUGUCCUGUGUGUAAAAGAAAAGCGUCACGGGAUGAAAAUCCAAACUUUGCUUUAAAGAAUCUGUGUGAGACUUUUCUACAGGAGAGAGAACAGAGAUCUACACAAACUGAAGCAGAUCUCUGCAGUCUGCAUCAGGAGAAACUCAAACUCUUCUGUCUUAAACAUCGUGAGCCGGAGUGUGUCGCCUGCAGAGGCUCAAAAAAACACAUCAAGAGCAAAUUUAUGUCCAUCGAUGAAGCUGGUCAACGAUACAAGAAGAGACUCCAGGAAAUUUUGCAGCCCCUUAAGAAGAAGUUAGUGGCUCUAAAAGAUGUUAAAGUGAAGUUUGAUCAAACUCUGGACCACAUGGAGGUCCAGGCCCGACACACAGAGAGGCAGAUUAAGGAGCAGUUUAAGAAGCUUCACCAGUUUCUAGCAGAGGAAGAGGAGGCCAGGCUGCGUGCACUGAGGGAGGAAGAGGAGCAGAAGAGACAGAGGAUGAAGGAGCAGAUGGAGGCUCUGAGAGCACAGAUAGCAGGUCUUUCACACACAGUCAGAGCCACAGAGGACCAGCUGACGGCCCAAGACGUCUCCUUCCUGAAAAACUACAAGGCUGCAGUGGAAAGAGUCCAGCAGCGCCCCCUGCUGGAGGAUCCACAGCUGCCCUCAGGAGCUCUGAUAGACCAGGCCAAACACCUGGGCAACCUGGGCUUCAACAUCUGGACCAAGAUGAAGGACCUGGUCUCCUAUACGCCUGUUAUUCUGGACCCAAACACUGCUCAUCCAGGACUCAUCCUGUCUGAUGAUCUGACCGCUGUGAGACGAGGAGAGGAGCAGCAGCUUCCUGAUAAUCCAGAGAGGUUUGAUCGUUACAGCUCUGUCCUGGGCUCUGAGGGCUUUAACUCAGGGACUCACAGCUGGGACGUCCAGGUUGGAGACAGUACUAGCUGGUCACUGGGAGUGUUGGCAGAGUCUGGACAGAGGACGGGAGAGAAACUGUCUGGAUUAUGGAAAGUAUGGUUACAUGAAGGUAAAUACAGAGCAGACUUAUCAUUACAUGGACUCACUGGUCUCUCAGUGAAGAAUCCUCCAAAGCGGAUCAGAGUGAAUCUGGACUGUAACAGAGGAGAGCUGCUGUUCUCUGACCCUGAUACUAACACACACAUCUAUACCUUUAAACACACUUUCACUGAGAGGAUGGUUCCAGUCAUUAGUAUAAGAGGAAAUGGGAAGAUGUUACCAGAGAAGAUCUCUGUGACUGUGGGAAAAAAAUAA